GGGAGAGAGUGCGCUCCGUGUUCUGCUGCUCGAGAUGGAUUUCACAGGAUCUUUCUGCUCGGGAUUAUCGCGUUUGGCUUUUAGCAUCGCAGCUGGAGUUGGAGUAUGAUUCACAGACAGCUCGUGCUGUCCCAGUAACUCCUGACCUUCUCCUCAGGGUUUGAUGUGCUUUGAGUCGUGAAUCAUUAUGCUGCUACACCUGUGUAGUGUAAAGAACCUGUACCAGAGCAGGUUUCUGGGUCUGGCGGCCAUGGCCUCGCCGUCACGGAGCUCUCAGAGCCGGCGUCGGUGUAAGAGCGAGACACGCUUCAGCUCGGCUCGAUCCACCAGCGACACGGACCUGGUGUCCUUACAGAGCCGCUCCACGCUGACCGUCAGCUCCUCCCUCUACUGCAUCGGCCAAUCAGAAGACAUGCUCAUCUGCUGGGACAUCAGAGAGGAAGUGGACGCCGGAGACUGGAUCGGCAUGUACCUCAUCGACGAGGUUCUGUCAGAAAACUUUCUGGACUAUAAGAGUCGUGGUGUGAGCGGCUCCCACAAAGGCCAGAUCGUGUGGAGAAUCGAUGCCAGCUUGUACUUCAUGGAGGCUGAGACCAAGGUGUGCUUCAAAUACUAUCAUGGUUUGAGUGGAGCGCUUAGAGCCACGACGCCGAGCGUGACGGUGCGAAACCCCUCUGCCAAUGCGCUGAAGCCUGUCAUCAGUCAGGAGCUUCCUCAGACUCUGGGCAGCAGGAGACUCAUCAGCUUCUCUCUGUCAGACGUUCAGGCAGUGGCUCUGAAGAAGGGAAUGUUCUUCAAUCCUGACCCGUAUCUGAAGAUCUCCAUCCAGCCUGGAAAGCACAGCAUCUUCCCUGCGCUGCCUCACCACGGUCAGGAGAAACGCUCAGGCAUCAUCUGCAACACGGUCAACCCCGUCUGGAAGAGAGAGCGAUUUAACUUUGUGUCCCUGCCGACGGACGUUUUGGAGAUAGAGGUUAAAGAUAAAUUUGCCAAGAGCAGACCCAUCAUCAAACGCUUCCUGGGAAAGUUAGUUGUGCCUGUGCAGAGGCUGCUGGAGAAACAUGCUAUCGGGGACCGUGUGGUGAGUUACACUUUAGGCCGACGGCUUCCAACAGAUCAUGUUAGCGGCCAGCUGCAGUUUCGUUUCGAGAUAACCUCAUCGAUUCAUCCAGAUGAUGAGGAGGUGUCCUUCAAUGUAAUGCCAGUCUUUGAUAUGACCCCUGACCAGCAGCUUGAGCAGGAGCCCAACGAGGAUCUACCACCUGCUCCUGAUCUGCCUCUGGAGGACGCAUUGAGUUUGGGACCUGAUAUUCUGGAGGCGCCUGCCGAAAGUCCUCCAGAGGUAGAGACCCAUGAUGCCUUACUGCUUACCUCUCUAGCUGAGCCCAGUAAGGAUACCCAACCAGAAGCAGAAGGAUCAGCUGAUGAGCUUGUAACAGCUCAAGGAGAAACACAAUUGAGUGAUGCCACUCAAGGAGAAACUGCGGAGCAAGAACCCGGAAAAACAGAGUCCGAGGAGAUGCAGGAGGAAACUGUGGCUGAGACUCUUUUAGAGGUACUGGAGAACCAUGAGGCUGAAGACACAGGUGAACCGACUGGAAUGGGACCAGCUGCAGAGCAUGCAGAUGUUGAAGGAGGCACAAGCUCAGAGCAGGUUGACACGAGUGUGGAAAGAGACGAGAAUGAUGAAGAACCCUGUUCGCCAAGGAUGCGAAGUGCCUUGAAGCGCAAGAGCCGGCCCUGUUCACUUCCCGUGUCCGAGUUAGAGACGGUCAUCACCUCGGCCUGUGAGGAACCAGAGACGCCACGUUCUCACUACAUCCGCAUUCAUCAUCUACUGCACAGCUUGCCAUCAGCUCAGUGCCACAAUGACAGCCAAGAUGAAGACGAGAUACUUGACCCAGAAUCUUCAGAAGAAGUCACUGUGAAACCCCAAGAGGACAAAGAGGAAGAAGACGAGGUGUCUGAAGCACAGUCUCCAUCCAUCGUGCCCGAGUGUCCUAGACCUUGUUGCAGGCGUACUCUACCACGUAGCCUCUCCAUCGAGCGCCUGUCUGAACUCAACCAACUUUUGGAGGGCGAAAGACCCUCACCUUCCACAGUACGACUGGAAAGCGAACACAUGGAAGUGGGUGGUGGAGUCGGAAGCAGGAGGGAACCUCGAGAGAGUGAGUGCGAACUGUGUGACAACUCCUGCUACAGCACUUCCUGUUACAGCACAUCCUGUUACAGCACUUCCUGCUACAGUAACUCAGGUUACGAGGGGCGUAACCACCUUUGCAGCCAUACACGCCUCUCUUCGGUUGACAGCACCCGCCUGUCGGAGAGCACCGUUUUCUCCUCGCAGGAGGAAGAGGAGGAGGAGAACAGCGCUUUUGAGUCCAUCUCGGACUCGAUACAGAGUCCAGAUAUAAGGGAGCCAGGAGACAGGUCAGUUCAUUGGAGGGCGUCAUCAUCAGAAGAAAGUCCGCAGAGAGAAGGGGAGGUGGAGAUGUCACCAGUACCUGGGCCUAGUUUUAGGUCAUCAGGCAGUUGUCAUGUGCAAUGCCGUCAUCAUGCAAUCACUCAGCUUCCUGCUUUGCGGCCUGAUCCCCAUCAUUACCCAAGUGUUGAUGAACCAUUACCACAAAACUGGGAGGCCAGGAUAGACAGUCAUGGCCGUGUUUUCUACGUGGACCAUGUGAACCGCACCACCACGUGGCAGAGGCCCAUCCAUGCAGCCAAAUGCAGCAGCAUCCGGAGAUCCGGCUCCACUCACCAGAUGGAGCAGCUCAACCGGAGGUAUCAGAACAUCCAGAGGACGAUGGCCACAGAAGAUGAACCGGCUGCUCGUGAACCUGACAGAAACGGCGGUGGAGACACAGAUGAGUCCACAGCACAAGCUGCAGAUCAGCGAAGGGAAGGUCCUUCGUCUCCUGUCAGUAAUCAGAGCGUCACGCUGAUGCUUCAGUCUCCGGCCGUGAAGUUUGUGACCCACCCAGAAUUCUUCACUGUCCUCCACGCUAACUACGGUGCGUAUCGGAUGUUUACUAACAGCACCUGCCUGAAGCACAUGAUUCUGAAAAUACGGCGAGAUGCGCGCAACUUUGAGCGAUAUCAACACAACCGCGACUUCGUCACUUUCCUCAACAAAUUCGCCGAUACUCAGCUGGAGCUGCCGAGAGGCUGGGAGAUCAAGACAGACCCGCAGGGCAAGUCGUUCUUUGUGGACCACAACAGUCGAGCGACGACCUUCAUCGACCCCAGGAUUCCCCUUCAGAACGGACGUCUGCCGAAUCACCUCACACACAGACAACACUUACAGAGACUGCGCAGCUACAGCGCUGGAGAGGCGUCAGAAGUGUCCCGCAGCAGAGGAGGGUCUCUGGUCAGCAGAGCUGGAAACGGUUUAAUAUCAGCCGUCAGGAGUCACAAACAGCCUGAUUCAGUGCCUCUAGCUUACAAUGAUAAGAUCGUGGCUUUCCUGCGUCAGCCGAACAUACUGGAGCUGCUACAGGAGCGACAGCCGAGCCUCGCCAGGGAUCACACUCUCAGGGAGAAAAUCCAUUACAUCAGAACUGAAGGUCCUCAGGGCGUUGACAAGCUGUCAUGUGAUGCUGACCUGGUCAUGCUGUUGAGUCUGUUUGAUGAGGAGAUCAUGUCGUAUAUUCCCUCUCACUCCUUCCACCCCGGCCUCAGUUUCUCUCCGCGCUGCUCUCCUGGAUCCUCGCCUCAGAGUUCACCGGGCUUGCAGAGGGCUAGAGCGCCUGCUCCAUACCGCAGAGACUUCGAGGCAAAGCUUCGCAACUUUUACAGGAAGCUGGAGGCUAAAGGCUACGGCCAGGGACCGGGAAAAAUCAAGCUCAUCAUCAGAAGGGAACAUCUACUGGAAGGCACCUUUAAUCAAGUAAUGGCCUACUCACGCAAAGAGCUCCAGAGAAACAAGCUCUUCAUCGCCUUUGUAGGAGAGGAGGGUUUGGAUUACAGCGGCCCAUCGCGGGAGUUCUUCUUCCUGUUGUCUCAGGAGCUGUUUAACCCUUACUACGGUCUGUUUGAGUACUCGGCCAACGACACGUAUACAGUACAGAUCAGCCCCAUGUCUGCCUUUGUAGAGAACCAUCUGGAAUGGUUUCGUUUCAGUGGCCGUAUUUUGGGUCUGGCUCUGAUCCACCAGUAUCUGUUGGAUGCUUUCUUCACUCGACCGUUCUACAAGGCCCUGCUCAGACUAGUGACAGAUCUGAGUGAUCUGGAAUACCUGGAUGAGGAGUUCCACCAGAGCUUACAGUGGAUGAAGGACAACGAUAUCACGGACAUCCUGGAUCUGACGUUUACAGUCAACGAGGAGGUCUUCGGACAGGUGAUAGAGCGGGAACUGAAGUCGGGAGGCUCCAAUAUCCAAGUGACGGAGAAGAACAAGAAGGAAUACAUCGAGCGCAUGGCUAGAUGGAGGGUGGAGAGAGGGGUCAUGCAGCAGACCGAGGCCCUUGUAAGAGGUUUCUAUGAGGUCGUAGACUCCCGUCUGGUUUCAGUGUUCGAUGCUCGUGAGCUGGAGUUGGUCAUUGCAGGGACAGCCGAGAUUGAUCUGAACGACUGGAGAUCCCACACAGAAUACAGAGGAGGUUACCAUGAUGGGCACGUUGUGAUUCGUUGUUUCUGGGAUGCGGUGGAGCGCUUCAAUAAUGAACAGAGGUUGCGCCUGCUGCAGUUUGUGACGGGGACGUCCAGUGUCCCCUACGAGGGCUUCGCAGCGCUCCGUGGGAGCAACGGCCUGCGACGCUUCUGCAUUGAAAAGUGGGGAAAGAUUACCUCUCUACCAAGGGCGCACACAUGCUUCAACCGUCUGGAUCUGCCUCCCUAUCCGUCGAACCCUGUGCUGUAUGAGAAACUCCUCACCGCUGUGGAGGAGACCAGCACCUUUGGUCUGGAGUGAAGAAGUGAGACUUUUUUUUUUUUUUUUUUUACUGUGAAAACAUUUUCUCGAUCCACGAGAGACUUUUUAAAGAUUUUAAACUUCACCUGAGAAUUUUGUUUAAAAUAACUUGAAAUAGCAUGUUUCUGCACUAAAAUAUUACAUAUAUAGUACUUUGUGGGAGUGUGGGGUCAAAAGAAUCAUGUAUGCAAUAUUUAAAACCUUGCUGCAUCCUACUCAUGUUUGUCCUUGCCAUCAUCCUAUUGGUUAGGCAUCAGCACAUCUACUUUCUGAUUGGAUAUUCCCUUAAAACGUGGUAAAGUGUGAUUUUCAGUGCCUGGCUAUGUUUGAAAUGGAAUACUAACAUAUUGCUUACUGAAUACUGCACAGUAUACACUGUACUUAAUACUGCCCACAUAUGUUUUUAAGUUCUGUAGUAUGUGAACCAUAUGCAACAAAUGAACACUUCCGAGUGCAGUAUGCAAUGUAGUUGUCACAUGGCCUCAUUAGUACACUGCAUGUUUAAACAUUAUGUUUUGGCCACUUUUCAAAGACAUCAAAGGCAAUUUUUGCAUUUUAAUGUGUGAAUGAUCACAUAAUACGUCUAGUUUUGGUACUACAGUAAGUAGGCACAUUGCAUUAUGGGAUACUAUACUCUAAAUAUGUAAUGUGCACUGUGGUAAAUGUAAACCAUCAUAUAACAUUAAUGCUGUGCAUGUUAAAGAUACUGCAGAUAUAGUAUGAAUAGUAUGCUAUUCUGAACAUAGCCCCCGAGCAAACCUUAAAGGGACAGUUCACACAAAAAUAAAAAUGUGCUAUUAAUUUUCUUCCCCUUAGGGCAUCAGAAAUGUAGCCGACUUUUUUUCUUCAGUAGAAUAGUAAAGACGUUUAAUCUCAUGUAAUACUGUUGAAAAUGUCAUUGAAAACAGAUUCUGGUUUUAGAGCAUAAAUGCUUAAAGCCAAAGCUGUUUUAGUUCGCAUUUAAUGAUGACACUGCAAUGGCAUAUCAUAGGAUUCAUUCCCAGAUUCGCACAAGUCCUCUUUUUUUCCAGACAUAUUUUGGAUGGUUUUUCUAAAUUGCCUACAAUGUCUGGGUUUUGGAUUUUUUUUCCUUUUGACAAUCUCUCUACACUCCUCAUACAUUAUAUGUCCGUUGUCUGUAGAUCCCUCCUCCUCGCACACCACGAUUGGUUGAAACGUACAAUGCUUGCAUGCUAUUGGUCAAAAUAUUUCAAAAUAUUCAGUCAUUGCCUUCAGCAAGUAUGAAAACAGUAGGGGAAAAGGCAGGGGUGGAGGGGGUGCACCAUACUUUGUUGUAAAUUUGUGGGCAUUCCCAACGAUAACAAAUCUCAGACCCCACAUGCACUUUGUAUAUUAUAGAUAUAUGUCUUUACUGAUUCAAAUAAAUCCUUUUAAUAAUUGAUUUGUUUAAUUUAUUGAUGCACAUAGCGACAUGGAAUAUGAUUUGGUUUGUCGCUCGUAACUGUAAAACUGGAAAUGCAAAGAGGCUUUGUCUCCUAAUAUUAACAAAAUUACUGUUCAUAACCACAGAUGACAAAACCAGAUGCCCAGAUUUUUUUUUUUAUAUAUUAUUCAGUAUGAAAUAUCUUAAGCGGUGCUUUUAUGUCUUUAUAUUUGUAUUUUUGGUUGGCCAAACACCCCUCGCCAUCAAAAGAGAGUUAGUUCAUGAUGUUUAAUGCAUGCCGGCUCUUAUGACGGUGUUCAUCAUUGUGUUGCAUUUAUUGUUUAUUAUUCCCCAGGGAAUAAAUAUGUUCCCGAUGACUCUGAAUGUUUUUUUGGUAGGAUGUCAUCUCAAACUUGUUUUAUUUAUCACUGACAGAACUUGUGAAAUGACUAUCUGACCAUUUGCUGUGCACUGUUCAGUUGAUGAUAUAACGAUGUAGCUAUUUUUUAUCAUUUUUAUUUGUUGGCAGUUUUGUAUUUUAUAUUCUUUUUGUAUAUGAGUUCAAGAUAAUGUGUCAAAGAAUUAAUUGCAUAUGAAAACCCUUUACUUGCAAUGCAAACUGAUACAGUUUUUAAUGAAAAUACACAUGUAAAUAUAAUUAUGAACAAAUUCUGAAUUACUCUGUAUCAGCCUGAUCAUCUAUUCUACAUGAACAGACUUUGCUUUUCCCCAAUCGUUGUACAUAAAUGUCAAUAAACAAUCUCUUGGUA